AUGUGCGCACGACUCUUAGCAUGUCCAUUGUGUUCUCAACCUGGAUUCUUAACACUUGAUGCAUUGCGAGCUGGCCUUAUUAGUGUAGCAACUCGACCUCUCAUAUGCCCUGUUUGUAAUGAAGUGCUUUUAGGCAUUGAUAAAUUAACUAUACAUUUAUUUAGUCAUACAAUCAAUCUGAGUAAUAAUACAGCAGAAUCAAAAUAUAUUGCUGACAAUGAGCAAGUUGCAGUUCAUAAUGCGCACAAUGUUGCUCUGCAAGAUUGGAACAUAUUAAAAACACAACAAUCAUGCAAAAUGCAAACAAAUGACAACAAUAACACUAAACAGUCAGAUGCUGGUAUAGCAAAUACAGAAAACAAUUUCUCUAUUAUAAAUUCACAGCUUCAAGCACGAAAUCAAAACAACUCAGUGAAAAAUGCGAACCAAUACAGUUUCAUGUCAGAUUAUAAUUAUGAUGCAAUAAAAGUAAAUAUCUUCCCACAAUCAAACGAAAAUCCUAAUGUAGUGCUACGGCCAACUGCAAAUUUGCAGCAAGAUGUAUUAAAAACAGAUUGCACAACACAAUAUUUUUGUGAUGACAAUAUUAAACACUUAAAUAUAAUCACAGAAACUACACAAGCAGAAAAAACUAUAUCAGAUCUAAUCACUGGGACAAAAAUGACAGAAAGUGCAGAUACCAACAUCUACCGAGAUAUUGAAAGAGAAUGUGAAUCAAAUAAUAACCAAUGUGUCGCAAAGGAAAGACUGAUGAUAAGUUUAAUUGAAAAAGAAAACAAUCUCGCAAAUUUUCAAUCUAUUCAAAAUAUAAUACCAGCUUGUGCAAAUGCAUCAUCAGAAAAAUGCAAUGACAAAGAAAAUUCAUCUAACACAAGAGAGACUGUGCUUGAGACAAAUGCUGAAUAUCAAGAUCAAAACUCAGAACAUAGAAAAUUAUUGUCCCACACAUGUACUAAAGUUUUCCAAACUAUAACAUUGAAAGAAAAGAUGGAACGAUGUAACAUAUGUGGUUUUCACUUUCCCGAUACUAAUAUUUUGGCUUUACACAAACAAUUAGUGCAUGAGCAAAAUUCAAGUAAUAUAUCUGGGAAAGUUCUUAAAAAUUAUUCAUGUCAUUUAUGUUCUAAGGUAUUCAAAAUGAGAGGUAGUUUAAUGGUACAUAUGAGGGUAGCACAUUUUGGACACAAUUUAGGUUCUUUUCCUAAAGAUGGCCAAAUAGAAUUUACAUGCAGUGAUACUGGAUAUACUUGUCCUACAUGUGGAAAGAGAUUUAAGAAAGAGCAACAUGUGAUACAACAUAUGAAAACCCACGAAAGUAAACAGUGGGAAUGUGAUACUUGCAGUAAAUUAUUUACAACUAAAUACUUUCUAAAAAAACAUAAACGCUUACACUCAGGUGAAAUGCCAUAUAAAUGUAAAAUAUGUGAUAAAAGUUUCACCUUUCAACAAUCAUAUCAUAAGCAUAGAUUUUAUCAUAAGGAUGAAAAACCUCAUAGCUGUGCAACAUGUGGCAGAUCAUUUAAAGAACUUUCAACAUUACACAAUCAUGAAAGGAUUCACACUGGAGAGAAGCCAUUUGCAUGUGAAACAUGUGGAAAAUGUUUUCGUCAACGUGUUUCAUACUUAGUCCAUCGUCGAAUUCACACAGGAGUGAUGCCUUAUAAAUGCACAAUGUGUGGCAAAAGCUUUCGGUACAAGGUGAGCCAAAGAACUCAUAAAUGUCCUGCACAAAUAUUAAAUAACACCCAGCAGUUUGACAAGAUUGCACAAGAUGCCGACGACAAAGCAAUUAGACCACAGACCAAUACUCUUCAAGAAAAUCAAUUGACGACGAAUGUUGUCGAUAAUGAGGAAAACAAGUUUGUGUUGAUAAUAAAUGCUCAAGGACAACAUGUUUUAGCAUUACAGUCAGAGAUAAAUAAUGUAUCUUUCGAAAGAAAAGAAGAAAACAUGGAAUUUAUAGAUUCCAAUAAUAUAAACAAAAAUUCAAAGAGCACUAACAACUUUAAUUCUGUACAACUCGAGGAAUCUGCAGAAUCAUUAAAAAAAAUACAAUCGGAUAAUGAAAAGAUAGAUAUAAAAAGCACAAAUGAUUUCUUCUCCAUGGUGAUGUCUCCUCUCGAAAAUAGCAUACCAUCUCCUACUUUCGAGAUGGAACACUUGAGAGUAUCUUCACCUAAACGUAAAGAGAAUUCGAUAGAUUCUUAUACCAAUUUUUCACAAGUCUCUGAUAAUGUGCAAAUGAAUGCAGUAGACUCAGGCAGAGGACAAUCCUUCAAUCGUAACAAAGUCACCGAUACUUUACAAACCAUAAAUGAAGAAUCACUGAAGGAAUUAUUAUAUGGUAUGGAUAGAAAAUGAAGUAACAUGUAUAUACUUUUUCAUUGUAACAUGAUAGUACAAACUAACAAUACAUAUUAAUAUUAUUGAUUAAAUUAUAGAUAAAAUUUAUAUAGAAAUAUUUAUUCUAAAUAUUAAUUCUAAAUAUAAAAUUUAGAAUAUUUUGUUAUUGUGUUUUAACUUUGUCGUGUAUGGAUUACCAACUUUAUAUAUCAAUUAUAGUGCAAAAUAUAAAUAAUUCUGCUACAUGUAUAACUUUUUGCUGAAUAACUUAUUAGCUUAGAAAUAAUCGAAUAAGAAACAUAAUAUUCUAAUUGUAUAAA